AUGGCAGAUUCAUUGAGGUUCCGCCCACAUAGCGUGAAGCGAUGGCAUCUAGAGAGUGUGGGACUCCAGGCAGGAGACACAGAGAUGUCAGUUAGAGAUCAUCCCAGCUUGCAGCAGACUGUCAUCAACCAGACCAGAUUUAGUUCCUGGACACCUAUAGCAAGCAAGUCUUUCAACAAGCAGCUGUUUCAUGAAAGAGUCAACCUGAUAGGACAUUGGUUUGACCUCUGGACAGACAAGCAACGCAAACAGUUCUUACAUUCCAUACUAAUGAGGAGUAGCAGAUCGCAAUUAAAGUUUGUGCAAGAUUGGUUCACAGAAGAAGUCCCUGUUACCAAACUAGACUUUACUACAGUGUUGCCUAGGUUCCUCUCUUUGUACAUAAUGUCCUUCCUCAAUCCUCAGGAUCUCUGCUCAGCUGCUCAAGUCACUUGGCAUUGGAAGUUCCUCUCUGAACAGGAUUGUCUGUGGAUGCCAAAAUGUACCAAGUUUGGCUGGUUCCUGCCUUACACUCCCUCAGACAAUGAAUAUGGAGCUUGGAAGAGACACUACAUUUCAUGUGCAUCUACUUUAGAUUAUUUGACCCCAAGAGAAGCUGCGGAGACAUAUGGAACUCUGAAUGAACUUAAGAAAGAAGAUGAGGAAAGACUCCAGGAAAAAUGGCUUCGGAAAUUGCUUCGUGAGAGACUAGCGUUGCAUAAAAGAGAACUCUUUAAAACCAGACCACCUUGGAUGAGUGGCACAUGGCGAUCUGCUCUGUUAGGAUCCAAAUUGAAUAUGAGCCAAUCUAAGGACAUGUUUGACCAAAAAACCCUCCAAGCUGCUCUGUUGUUGUUACAGGGCAAGAACAACUUCUCAAGUAAGACUCUCUCAAAUCAGCUGAUGGAUGAAUUGAAUCAAACGUCAGCCCUAAGACUAACGGUGGAGAAAACACUUGUUGAAAAGUCAGUAAAGGCAUUGCCAAAAAGUAAAAAUGUUGCUGUAUCUACCUCCUACCCAACCUUACCCCACACACUGAGUCACAGCAUCCAAAGGCGAUACGGAAGUAUUAGCACCUCCAAUCAGCAGCACUUGUUGUUAAUUUCAUCAAAUGUACCAGCAUAUGAGGUUGUUCUUAACAGUGUUAAACCCAAUGUGAUUCCCAUUGUAUAUGAUUUCAAUGGGUUGACAACUGAAAGUCUUCUCUUCCAUGUGGAAAAGACCCUGGCUGGACAAACUGCACAAAGCAUUGGUAUUGUCACUGAUAGUGACACCCAGCAUAUAAACUUGUUACAGGGUUGCAGUAUUAACUCGCAGAAUGUCUUGACCCCAGAGAUUAGAAAUUUUUGGGAAAAACUGGGAAGUUGUGUCAUUUCGGAAAAAGAAGGUGGCCAUAUUGACCUAUUUGCUCCUCUGGCUGCAACAGAGUCUGGAAUGGAAAUACUUAACAUUAUAUCUCAGAUGACUGGUUUACACAUUUGUUCUCCAACAGCAAUAUCAGCAGGAUCCUAUCAGCACAUCCUCAGUGAAUGGCUGACAGGAUCCAAAAGGUACGGAUCUCCUCCGCUAAUAUACUUCAGCGAGGUAAAAGUGCAAGCUUGGUGUAGAAUGGCACAUGUGAUGGAAGAAGCACUGCUUAUGGUCAGGAAAAACAUGAAGCGCUAUCUUGGUGAUUUACAGAUGACUGUUGCUGGCAGGAUAAUAGGGCAGUUCAUGUUGGAUUCCAUGAUCAUGACGAAAGUCCAGACCAAUCAAGAAGUUGCCGAAGCAUUAAUCGAAGGGUUAGUGGAGCUCUCCAAAGGAAAAUGUGACAAGCCCCUGGAGUUUCUGUCUGUUUUUCUAAUGAAAAAAUGUACUAAGAACAAAGAAUUUAUAAGACAGCUGUUGUCUGAUGGGAAAUUUGAUGAUUCAUUGACAGCGUUUUUAAAGGAAGAUGCAAUCUUAGCUGACAAGACUUCUCUACUACUAAGUGAAAGCGAAUUCAAGUUUCAGCAUCUUAAUCUGCUGGACAAUAAAUUAUUGUCAGACCUUGGAGAUAAACGCACAAGGUUCGCUCGUGAAAUUCUCAGAAGUGAGAGGCAGUAUGUGCAGAGUCUACAGACCAUCAGGGACAUUUAUGUUGUCCCUCUUAAAGCUGCCCUGUCUUCAAAUCGUGCCAUUUUAAGCAUUGCCAAUGUUCAGAUCAUCUUCGCAGACAUACUUGAUAUCCUUCAGAUCAACAAACAACUAUUAGAUGAUUUGACUGAAAGGCUUCAGGAAUGGGGACCGGCCCAGUGUUUGGGCGAUGUUUUUGUUAAAUUUGGAUCACGACUAAAAAUCUACACAAAUUUUUUCAACAACUAUACUGUGAUUCUGAAAACCAUUGAUAAGUGUAGAGAAACAAUACCAACUUUCCGAACCUUCCUAAAAAGGCACGAUCAGACUGUUCUGACUAAAAUGAUGAGUUUGCAGGAAUUGCUACUGCUCCCCUCAACUCGAUUUGAAGAUUAUGUCAAUCUUUUGUAUGCUCUUCGCCUUCAUACUUCCCCCGAGCACCCAGAUCGUCAAGACAUAACUACUGCAGUAGGGCAGAUGAAGCAAUACAAGGACUAUAUUGCACAGCUAAAGACAAGCUUGGAAAAAGACACUGAAAUGACAAAGAUACAGAAAACAAUCCAAGGUUGUCCUAAUUUACUUGAAGCAAAUAGGCAUCUUAUUAAAGUGCAGGAUUUAGUGCUGCUUAAUUGUCCCAAUGAAGAAAUAAGUGCAUCUCUCAGGGUAUAUGAACAGAUCAGUGACUUGAGCCUUUUCCUGUUUAAUGACGCACUGGUUAUCUCAAGUCGUCAAAUCUCAUACAUACCAUUCCAACGCACUCCAAAUACGCUGUACCAGUUCAUGGCAUCCGUUUCAAUUGCUCGCUUAAUUCUGGAGGACAUUCCUGACUCUAAAUAUGUAAAAAACGCAUUUGUUCUGCAAGGUCCAAAACGACAAUGGAUUUGCUCCACCAUCAAUGAAGAAGAGAAGUUCACAUGGCUUUCUGUGUGCCAGAGUGCUAUAAGUGCCAGUAUUGAGAAGAGAUAAUUGAAUCAAAAUAUAAUGGUUUAAAAAUUCUACACUUUUCGUUGUCAUAUUUGUGUA